AUGUCCAAAAAUUUGCUUGAUGACUUGAUCAAGACAAUUCAAGCAAAAAUGAGAAAUGUUAUUACCGCUGUGGAAAACCAAACGAAGAAGUCACUCGAAAUUUUAAAAGCAAAAAGAAGUGCGAUUCAACAACAGAUAAAUGCCACCGAAUCAUCACUGGAGGAAGCUGAUAAACUUUUAAAACGAAGCACCAAUGCGGAAGUUGUUGAACUAAAAAAAUCACUACAAACAAUUUUUCAGGGAUUCAAUCAAACCGAGCCUAUUGUUCAUGACUCCAGUAGUCUGAAAACUUUUGUUUUCGUUGAAAAUCAGAAAGUGCUUGAUAUCGUCAACGAGGAAGAAAUUGGAUUCUGGAAAGAACCCUACCGAACAAAAACAAGUGAAUCUCUGGCUGAAGGCGAAGGACUCAAGGAAGGAAUUGUGGCGCGUAAAGCUCAAAUCAAUUUGACCACAAGAAACGCGGAGAAAAAGCAAGCGCCAAUGUUGAGGAGACAGGAACGUCACAACGAAGGAACUCUAACAGCUUUAAUGUCAACGGAAUCGCUCGUACAACAAGGUGGAUGCGAUAAUCACACACACGAGGGAAAACCGGGGCGUGCAUAUAAUAUAACACAAUGCCGCAGGCACUGCCUGUUGGCGCAACUUCUUCUUCCGCGUAAAUGAAUGCAAACUACCUAAAAGGUUAGAACCGAGACGAAAGAUAUAGUGUCAUAAUGGAGAACAAAACCUGAUAACAAACAGACUACGGCCUAACAGUCACUGCAUGUUAAAACUUAUCGCUGCAGGAUAAAACUAACGACGCGAAGGCUAAAAUCUAACAUAGUGAUUUAAGUACGAAGGUGGUUUGCGCUGUCUUUGAGGUCUUGGACCAGGAGUCUUAGGAGAAGAACUGGGUCAGGACGGCAGGGCCUGAUCUUGGGCUGUCGCACUGGUGCUGGGCUCCUCCUGUAGAACAGGUAGUGAGGGAACGCCAAUAGGGGCUUCAAGGGUAGUGUCAUCACACGUGGACGAAGGGAAUUGCUCCUCGUCAGACGGCACCGAGGUAAGCUCAGGCGGCGCGGGAGGAGGUGACUCUGGUGAUACUGAGGCUGCAGGCACAGCGGGGGUUGCCGGAGAAGGCUCAUCAUCCUGGUCUUGAGAAGCCGGAAGACCAGAAUGAUCGGCCACUAUAACGGGGGGAGAAGUAGCGUAACACUCGGAUAACUUGACUUUGUAGGAGGUGGCCCUCAGUUGUGAACCACUGAACUUCUUAACGAAGCACCAAGGGAAGUCGAUGGAAACCACGAUAUAGCGAUCACGCGCGCGAGACUUGUCCUUAUCGGAAAUGAGGUAUACAAUGUCGCCAACCUGUAGUGAAGGCGUGUUUGGAACAAGACGGCGAGGGUUCUUAGACUUCUCACUGGAGGCAUGGUUAGUGGAACGUUGCUCGUGUUUACCAAGUAUGAGGUCGUAAUCAGACAACGGCAACUGUUCGUGGGUGAACGGAUUGCGUUGAGUCCACAACUCGCGAGAUGAUAGGCCAGGAAGGCGAAGACGGGAUUUAAGACGGGCAGUGGCGAGAGCAAGACCAACUGCACUUACUGGUCUGCCAACGGGCUCUUGUCUCAUGAGCUCUUCCUCAAGUUCACGGACAGCCUUCUUAGCGACUGGGUUCUUGUUUUUGUUCUUAACGCGACCGACAUCGAUUGUGACGUUCAGGUAGUUGAGAGAGUCAUUGUUGGCCAUGGAGGGAUCUACACGUAUAAUUGCUCUUGGACCGUCAAGUGGAUGGAGACCGAAAAUUAGUUGUGUGAGGCCGUCACGGAGGGUAUCGUGUUUCUCGUCAUGUACCAAGCAGGAAGCAGUGAAGGACGUGGUGCAUUCUCGCAGUACUAGAAUCAGCUGACGGUAGCGUUUGAUCACAUCGGCAGCGAAGGAGACGCCUACGACCUCUGGGGGGUCGUCAGACGACUGCUUGACCAAGGAGCUUGGAAACGACUUCAGGGAGGCGCAAGUGUGGCAGGCAGAUGUUACGCGAGAGAUGGCAUCGUUCAUCGUUCAUCGUUCAUGAGCGAAGAACUGGCGUUGGAGUACCAGUUGAAACUGAUGGCGGGUUGGAUGGUUGAAUUUAAUAUGAAGGGCGGUAAGAAGGCCGUCCAGGACGGACCUCGGGACAACGAUUGCUUCCGCCACAGGAACGAACGGCUGAGUGUGCUUGACCACGAGAAGUCCGUCACUAGCAAUAGAAACAGAACUGAGAUAGCGCUUAACAUCCUGAAUAUUCUUGGACGGGCGUGUUCCCUGAUUAAGGUGGGCGUGUACUCUACGAAGGUCGGGACAGUCGUGUUGGAUCUGUCGCCAGGCUGAUCUGGUUGUGAACGGGAGACUAGACUUGCUGUUGAGGAUAUCAUGAAUAGAGAUGUUCCGUACGACGGAAUCCUCCAUUUCGUGGACAAAGUUGCAUAUCUGGCAAUUGGGCUCACGACGACGACGUCAGACGGUAAAUUGGCCUUCCCAGCCA